AUGUCGUCUUUUGUUAAAAUCAAACUUAGAAAAAUGUAUCACUUUUAUGAUCUGACUGGAAUAGACUUCUAUGUUCGUAAAUUUCUGCGUUUUGUUUUUGUUACAGCAACUUCCUUCUUGAAUGUGUCCUCAAUGAAAUAUGCACUGAACAUGAGUGAUAUCAAAUUUAUGAAAGAAUGUAGUUUGAACAAGAGAUGCAUAUUAAGGGUGCUUCUUUGUUAUCAUGGUAACCAGCUUGAAUCAAAGUGGAGUCACAGUUUUAAGAGAGAUGAAAUAAAAAAAACCGAGGAAAUGUGGAAAUAUUUGAGGAGUGUACGUCACACGCCAAUGAACUUCAGUCUCGAGACAUACAAUGCGAUACAUUGAGAUGAACGACAGUUAAAUGACCUUGGCGAAGAAAUACAUUUUCCUUUUCGCUUCGCUUUUCAAUUAUAUCAUUUAUAUCUUUGUUCAGUCACGCAUCUUAUUUUUAAAAUAUACAACUGUACAUAUUUUGGCUUCAAUAUAAGCUGAAUAUAAGUAUUUGAAGUUCGUUGACAACCAUCGGUUUCAGUAUUAGUUUAGCACGUAUUUAAGGGAUUUCUU